AUGUCUCAAACAUCUUGGUCUAGAAAACCAUCUGAAACUCCAAUCAAUGAUCCAUUUGCCACCGCUGUGAAUAUCAAAACUAGCGAACAACAAGGAUUACAACAUGCUAAUGUUCAUGCUCCUCGUAUGAUGUCUUCAUCAACUACAGCACCUGCGUCAGCAUCAACCGGUGGUGCUCCUGCAAUAUCUACUUGGAUCCCUGUAAACAAAGGUUCCAAACGGUAUCAAUUGGAUUCGGUGUUUAAAGUAUGGUUUGAUAACCAACAAAAGAUCGAGCACCAGGUAUUCAAUAAAAAUGAUGAUAACUAUAAGUUGGAUACUCCGGGUCACAUUUAUCAUUUAGAACUCCAAAAGUCGUCGAUUCCAAAGUCAGAAAUGAACACAAAUGAUCAAAUCACUGAUCUUACAGCGGCUAUUAAAAACGUCAAUGUUUCUGAAUUGGUGUCGGUGGUAAAUCCUAAAGAGGAGAUAUUGCCAUCUGGAUCCACUCCUCCUACCCAGGUACCAGCGGGUGUCCCUUCUGCUACCGAGGGUACUGCGUUUGGUUGUCCAGAAAGCACGCCACCACAACUAGUUCAAUCUGAUAAAAUUGAAUGGGUUUAUGUCGAUCCUUCUGGUAACGAACAAGGUCCAUUCAUUGGUGAUAUCAUGCAAGAAUGGUUAACAGCGGGUUAUUUGAAUAUGGAUUUAAAAAUUAGACGGAAAGAAGAAUCUGCUUAUUAUUCAUUAAGGGAGUAUUGUGACAGAGUUAGUAACUAUGUUCAACCUUUCAAAAUCCCUCUUAUUGAUUUGAACAUUGUUCCACCUCCUCCUAAUCUUCCGCCUACAGAAUCGCAUUAUAAUAUUGGUAAAUCAAAUGAAAAAAUGGCUAAAUUGGAUAAUAGUCAAUUACCUCAACAGUUUUCUGCUAAUCAUACACCGUUGCAUGAUGUUUUAUCACAGCAGCAACCACCACCACAACCACAGCAGCAACCUCAACCGGGCCAACUGUCUCAAUUCUUUCUCCCAAACAAUGGUGGGGCCUUGGGAGGUUCGAAUAUGAGGUUAAAUGCUUUGAAUCCUCAAGGAAACUUGUUUUCUCCUGACUUUAUCAAUUCUGAUCCAUUUAAUAAGGCCACAAUCCCUCAACAACCAGCCACUAGCUUUUCUAACCAAUUUGGUUAUGAUCAUAUGGGAUCUGGAUUUGGCGUGAAUAACUUAUCUCAUACAAGUUUAUCACAUAUCAAUUCCAUGCCUUCACUUUUGCAACAACAAAUUCAUCAACAACAACCUGUUUUAUCAAGAACAAACAGUGGUUGGAGUAUGGAUCUCAACAAUGCUAAUGGGACACCUGUUGCUGUCACUUCAUCUUUGAAUCAAGUUAAUCAACCUGCUCCACUUUCUCCAUGGUUAUCAGGUGUACAAAGUCUGUCUAGAGUGGGUUCACCAUUUGUACCUACGCUGGCAUUAAGAGAUGACCAUGUUCUUAAUAUUCACCAAUCUGUUGUUUCAGAUAUUUUGGGAAAUGUUGAUGAAAGUACAAAUCCCGUUGCACCCCCAAUUUCCAAUAACCAAACUGCUCCCACACUUCCAAGUCAACCUUCGCAAGUAAUUGAGUUGGGACCGCCAGAACCAAGUAUUAUUGAGAAGAUUGUGUCUCCUUCUCAAGUAGAUGAACAGGCAGUUAAUGAGGCGAAGGCUAAUCAAAAAGAGAAGAAAGAAGCGUCUCAAAAAAAACGUUCCAGUUCUAUCAAUGCCCCAGUUCCUACCGAGAAACUUAAUGAGGUACCUUCUUUAACACAAACCAAUACUGCUGCUACACUUCCAGAAGAUAAUGUAGCAGUAAUUAUAGACAAAUCUCAAUCUAAUGAUGCUUUGAAAGCAGCUACUCCAACUCAACCAAAGCUUGCUCCUUGGGCCAAAGUUACUACGAAGGCUUCUGAACCACUUACAUUAAAGGAAAUUCAAAGGUUGGAGGCCGAAAAACUGGAGAAGCAAAAACAAGAACUCAAAACAGAACAACCAAAGAUGUGGCAAUUAGAAGAGAAACUUGAUGAUAUUGCAUCCAAUGUUCCAUUGGGAUGGGCUACUGCUAAUGUUUCCAAACCAACCAAGACUUUAGCUGAAAUUCAAAAAGAAGAAGCUGAUGCUAAGGCCAAAGCACUUAAAGCAUCUGCUGGUACUUCGUCAUCGACAUCAAGUACACCAUUGAUGAACAAGACUUCGUUGGCAUCAACUCUUGCAGCAGUACCGAAGGAUGAUGGAGGAGCUUGGACAACUAUUUCAAAGAAGCAACCAGUGAAGAAGCCCUCAAUGACAUCCUUAUACAAUUCUCAACCAACAACCAAAAUCAAUCCACAAAUGCUUAGAUCUGCUAGUGCCAAUAAGACCAUUACCACCAACAAUACGAAUACGGUUAGUAUUAAGGAAGAGUUUUUAAUUUGGGCACGUUCUGCUAUGACCAACCUUUAUCCUACCGCAAAUCGUGAUGAGAUGUUAGAUCUUUUUGUUGCACUUCCCAGCGGAUCUGAAUCUUCUCAAUUGAUUGCAGAUACUAUUUAUUCAUCAUCAGCAACUAUGGAUGGUAGAAGAUAUGCCCAAGAGUUUUUGAAGCGUAGACAAAAGGUCGAAUCUCAAAUUGGCAGUUCAGAUGACUACUCUUGGACUGAUGCUAUUAUUCUGAGUGCAGAUAAGGUUUCGUCUGUUGAUGAAGAUGGAUGGAGCACUAGUAUCAAAAAGAAGGGAGGAAGAAGAAAGUGA